UGUUUAUCUGCGAUGGCGGCAGAUGGGCUAGUAUGUUUUCUAUGUUUUCAUAGUAUGGUUUCUAUGGUUUGUGCAGUCACUGAUAAUUUAUAAAUGGAAAAAAAGAAAUUCAAUAUCAAUUUGGACGAUUCGGCGUUCACAAAGGAAAGAAGUCCGGUAGCAUCGUUGUUUAAGGCCAAAGAUGGUCAAGUAGAGGCCUCAACUGUUCCAGCUCCUGGCCAACCACUGUCCUAUGCAGAGUUUGUUGUUCAGAGCAAAAACAGGGGGCUUCAGGGAGCAGCUCAUGGAUCAGAGAAACAAAUAUCUGCUGCCCAAUGUAGGAACGAUGCUGCAGGACAAAGCAGUGUAAACACAGGUGGAAGCGGCUCAGUUAGUACGUCAUUCACAGACUCAGGAAAACCCAAGACUGAACAGCAGGGACCAGCAGAGGUACCAACAGAAGAUCAGACAAAAGAGGAAGGUCAGAGUUUGGAGAGUCGUAUCAUUCCUCCUCAUCUCUUAGGAUCUGGGAACAGUAUUAUUGUCAGUCCUCGACAGAGAGGCAACCCCAUCCUAAAGUUUGUGAGAAAUGUUCCUUGGGAGUUUGGAGAAGUGGUGCCAGACUAUGUUUUAGGACGGACAACGUGUGCUCUUUUUCUCAGUGUGCGUUACCAUAAUCUGAACCCAAACUACAUCCAUGAGCGUCUGAAACAGCUGGGACAGAGUUUCACCCUCAGAGUGUUGCUCGUCCAGGUCGAUGUGAAAGACCCUCAUCAUGCUCUGAAAGAGCUUGCUCGAAUAUGCAUCAUGGCUGACUGUACCCUCAUUUUGGCCUGGAGUCCUGAAGAAGCAGGUCGGUACCUUGAGACAUUUAAAUCCUACGAGAAGAAACCUGCAGAUCUUCUGAAAGAACAAGUGGAGAAAAAUUACCUGUCCCAGGUUACAGAUUGUUUAACCACCGUAAAGUCUGUCAAUAAGACAGAUGCCAUGACUCUGCUGUCUACUUUUUCUUCUUUGGAGGGCAUCAUUAAGGCUUCUAAGGAGGAACUAGUUUUGUGCCCAGGACUCGGUCCACAGAAGGCAAGAAGGCUUUAUGACGUACUGCACCAACCCUUCGUAAAGACCAAGAAGAAGGAAAGCGGAUAAAUCAGAGCUGUAAUUUACUAAAUCACUGUCUUAGAGUCUUUGGUCUAUGAUGAUAUGUGGCCUUCAAGUGGGGCAUAAACAGCCUCUUAAAUUUUUAUCAUUGGUGUUUAUGAAAAGUUCAAUAAAUAUCAAUAAUAUUUA